AUGGCAAUGAGGCAGCAGUAUAAAAAAACUCAUGACUUGUUGUCUUCUCAGUAUUCUUAUGAGCUUCUUCUGCAAUUUCUGCAUAAGUCUCAAUCUACCAAUGUACUUGGUAUUAUCAAUGAGCAUAUCAACUUUCAAGUUUCUCCUAGACAGCCCAACUCAAUUUCUGAUGAUGCGGAGGCUGUUACAUUGACUGGCAGUAGCCAGGAUGCAGUCAGUCAGAUUAAUCAGAAGGAAAUACAUUGGGGGGUGAGUCAACAAAGUUAUCUUGUUUCAAUCGGUUCAAUAGAGGUUGAGCAGUUUAUACUUGAUGACUUGAGAAACCGUGUACAGCUGAGCAGUGUUGCUCUGCCAUCCGUUAGUUUUUAUACAUUUAUCAAUGCACAUAAUGGUUUAAAUUGUUCAACUAUACCCCCUAACGGGUCAUUGGUUGCUGCUGGACUUGUAGAUUCAUCGCUGAAGAUUUGGGAUAUGGCAAAGCUUGGGCAACAGGCUGUUGGUUCUGUUUUGCAGGGUGACGAUGAUGCAAAUCCAAAUGAGUUUGGUUCAAAUGGAGGAAAAAGACCCUAUACCUUAUUUCAGGGGCACUCGGGACCAGUUUAUUCAGCUUCUUUUAGUCCUAUGGGAGAUUUUAUACUUUCCUCUUCAGCCGAUUCAACAAUUCGGUUAUGGAGCACUGAACUAAAUGCAAAUCUUGUUUGCUACAAGGGUCAUAAUUACCCAGUAUGGGAUGUACAGUAUAGUCCUGUAGGACACUAUUUCGCUAGUGCAUCACACGACCAGACAGCAAGGAUAUGGUCUAUGGAAAGAAUACAACCUUUGCGAAUAAUGGCAGGGCAUUUAUCUGAUGUUGAUAUAACAAGGGAUACUAGUGGAGUUCCUAAGGUUCUUACAAGAGAGUUUGAACAAGUUCCCUCGAAGGACUAGUACGCCAUCUGGGGUUCAUAGUCAAGCACAACAAUCUAAAGAACAGCUACAACAACAGCAACAAUAGCAUUAGCAGCAGCAACA